AUGACUCUGAAUUGGCUUUAUUUGUUCUUUCUGUUUGCUGCCAAUGGAAUCUGUUCACCACGACAUCGACAAAAAACCUGGGAAAGUAAUCUACCACUCUACAACGAACCCGAGGAAAUUAAUCUGAAUGACUUUGCCCAUGAAGUCCGAUGGCCAAACAAUUUGAUUGGGGUAGCUAGUUGGCCAGAAUGGAAAGAUUCAACUGUUCGACAAGUGACGGGACUUGGCACAAACACCAGAGGCGAUGUCGUUGUCUUUCACAGAGGAACUCGCGAAUGGGGAGUUCGGUCAUUCGACCGUUCCAACAAAUUUCGAGGGCAUGGUCCUAUCAAGCAGAAUACUAUUGUGACUCUGACAAACAGUACAGGGACAAAGAUAUCAGCCUUUGGCGCCAAUCUAUUUUUUUUGCCUCACGGACUUACAGUAGAUCAUGAAGACAAUAUCUGGACAACUGAUGUGGGACUUCACCAAGUCAUGAAAUUUCCACCCGGAGCCACGAAACCUUCAAUGAUCCUCGGUACUCGAUUGUUACCAGGUAACGACAAAAGUCAUUUCUGUAAACCUACAGACGUCGAAGUCGCAUCAAACGGGGAUUUCUUUGUCGCUGAUGGAUAUUGUAACAGUCGUGUUGUGAAAUUCGCUAAGAAUGGCACAGUUCUGUCUUACAUUGGCGAGACGUCGCAACUGAAAGUGGUUCACAGUAUUGCUUUGGUGGAACAACUUGACAGAUUGUAUGUGGCUGAUCGUGAAAAUAGAAGGAUCUUGUGUUUUAAGGCUGGUCUGAAGAAUGAACACGAAGCAGGUGAAUUUGUGUCUUCUUUCGCCAAACGAAGACUUGGUCGCAUUUUUGCCCUGAAAUACGAUCCUAACAUGAAUGUUCUUUAUGUGGUCAGUCAAUUGAUGGGACGUGGUUUGGGAAGCACUAUUGACCUCCUAAAUGGAGAGGUCAUUGCAAACUGGCCAACGGCUCAUUAUCCGAGGGAUAAUUCUCUUCCUCACGAUUUGGCUGUUGCUCCAAAUGGCCAAGCUGUCUACGUUGCAGACAUUCGCCAGGAACGAAAUCCACUGUUUAAACUUCAAUAUUGA